CAGAGAGGGCACUGCAUGCCACCUGUGGCACAGGUGCCAUAGGUUGGCCAUCAUGGAGAGGGAGGGAGGGCGAGAGGGAGAUGACAAAAUAGUUUAAUCCUGGGUUUUUCCUUCUCCUCUUUCUUUUAUUUCUAAUGCAGCCUAGUUUGAUCUUGCAUUAGAGACACAUUUUCUUUGUUCUUUGUCAUAUUAGCUAGCACUCCACAAACUAUUUAGACCAUCUUCUUUUAAUUUAAUACCAUAGAAAUGUGUUGUAUGCUCCAGCCACAAAGCAACACGCAAAGGCAUAUUUCUAUGAAAAUCCAUUUAUUUUAUGACUGAACGAGUGGGGUUUGCUUUUUGCCUUCCAGAAACUCAAGAAGGCAUCAAGACAUCAAGAAAAUUAAGAAUCCUAGAAAUGUGUUUUUUGGGGGGGGCACCAAUUAAGGCAGAAUAACUGCUUUUAACCACCCACUGCUUAUAAAGUUCUGCUGGGAAGCUCUAUGAAUCUUUGUAGUAGAGUGAGGACUUGGCCCUUUGGAUUAUUUUGGACCAAAAGAGCUUCCUUAGGCCUUUGAAAUAGUAGUUAACUUGUUUUAUAAAUGUAAGGAUUUAACAAAUGCCUUGCUAUCUUGGUAGAAAAAUGCCUGGCACUCUGAGUUUUGAAAAGGAUCAUAAAUGAGAUUCAAAAGGAGAAAACUGGAGUAUCUUAGGGAUGAGGAGCAUAAACAAACAUCUGAGGCCUUGUUGUAUCAUCUUUCCAUACCAGCUAAUUCUUCCUUAACUAUUCUUCCUAAGUACCUUCAGCUUUUGUAUUUAAAGUAACAAUAUCGUUUCCAGUAAUAUCGUGUUUGACAUCCCUGCCCUAGAAAGUACUUUUGAUACGUAACAUCUUCUAUAAAUAUAAGACCAUAACCUAGACAGUUUAAAGCAGUUCAUCCACUUUACAGAAAUUCUUUUACAACUCUGUAAUACAAAACAGGAUGCUAUUUGAGAACUGCUAUUUUUGUUUCAAGGAAUUUUCUUAAAAAUUCAACUGAACUUUGUGUACUGGAUUCCUUCAUUGCUAUAUUUAUUGGUGUUCUUUAGGAACUUGUAAAACAUAACUAUUUGCAAGACCUAUUUAGUUUCAUCUUAUGCAAGAUUUGUGUGUUGUGUGUGCUUUUCUUCCUUCUUCUAAUUUGCCUGGAGUAUUAAGUUAAAUGUAUAAUGCCUUCCAUUUCCUGGAUCUUCCUACCCUGGACUCAACAUUUCUGAGUCAAGUACUGAAGAAGAUGCAUAUAGGGGAAGAUGCCAGGAUGAUUACAAUGUAAAAAACCAGGGACUGGUUUUGUGGAAGACAAUUUUUCCACAGACUAGGAGGAAGGAGCAUGCAACCUAGAUCCCUCACAUGGGCAGUUUACAUUAGGGUUCAAUGACAAUCGAAUGCCUGAUGAUCUGAGGUAGAGCUGAGGUGGUGAUACUAGUUGCUGGGGACUGGUUGCAAAUAUAGAUAUAGCUUUGUUUGCUUUCCUGCCUGCCACUCACCUUCAGCUGUGGUGGCCCAGUUCCUAACAGGCCAUAGAUCGGUACUGGUCCAUGGAUUACAGCACAGUUGCCAGUGGGAAUGACUAUUCUUUCCAGAACAAGAGGCAGGGUACAUAUGUUAAGUAUAGUAGGGAUGAUUCAUCUCUAUUCUACAAUUCACGAUUCCAUUAUGUCAUUUGGAUUCCUAUUAUUUCUAUUUUAAGAAUAAAAAAGCUAUACUUUGUAAACAGCACAUAACUCUUGUUUUCAUGACCAUUUCACGAUUUAACUGAAUGUUCCAGGUUACUUUCUAGUUCGUUUUUCCACACCCCUUCCACAAUCCCAGGAAAAGACGUUACUUAUGUUUACCCUACUUAUUGAACAAUUUAACAUUUAAAGCAUAGAAACAUGCUUUAAAACGCAAAUGUAGACUUUAAACUUGCAUUUUCAAAAACCAGUCUCCUACUAUUAUCUUCAAAAGUAGGCUGACCAGCCUUAUUUGGAGGUUUUGGUGGAAACAGGUCGCUGUUCUUUCCAAAUCGAAUCCACUUGACCCAAAACUUGAUUUGAUGAAGAAUCUUUACAAGAUCCCCCUUGCACAAGAUUCUCCACUCCCCCACACACACACUUUCUAUGGGAAAAUCCACUCCUGUAGAACCGUGGGCUCUCCAAGCAGAGAUGAUACUGUCGCUUUAAUAAUGACAUCGAGGUAAGGAUUCAUUCCAAACUUGGUGUCUGGGCUUCUCCGUAAGCAACGGGGGCCCACUGCUGUAAUUUGAGAGGAGAAGAGAGAGAUCCUACGGCCAAAAGCUGAACUCCCGCGUUAGCAGCACCAAUCCAGAUGUAGAGUGGAGGGGGAAAAAAGUAGCCCAAAGCGCUUGCAGCAGCUUCGGGCAGGUCUCACUCAAAUCUGGACGCCAGCACGCCCUCUCUUCCUCCCUCCCCGUUUUUAACUUGGGAGUUUCCUAGCGCGCGUGGAGACAGGAGAAAGGAAAACGUGGUUAAGGAAAAGUUGGUGGGAAAGAAGCCAGAGGCUCCUCCUUUUAAGGUUUGUUGAUCCCCCCCCACUCCCACAACCACCCCCUUCCCGGGCAAAAACAACCCCAAAGUUCUCGCGGGCAAAUCGGGGAGCGAGAAGGGCCAAGCGAGGGCUUUCCAGCGGGUCCCAAUGAAGCCCUGCAAGAAAGGCGGUCACAACCGGAGGACUUGAAACUAGGCGCGACCGGAGUUGCCUUUGCCCUCCUCCACUUCGGGACGCUUAGAGUGUCGGAGCAGCUUCCCUCUCCCCCCACCCCACCCCCACCCCGGGAUGCUGCUGGGGCUCCUCUCGGUGUGGCUGCUGAGCUGUUCGAUCAGCUUGUGCCACGGCUACUUCGACGGCCCGCUCUAUCCGGAGAUGUCCAACGGGACGUUGCAUCACUAUUUCGUGCCCGACGGGGACUACGAGGAGAACGACGACCCGGAGAAGUGUCAGCUGCUUUUCAGGGUGAGCGACCGCCUGCGCUGCACAGCGGGCGGGGAGGGUGAACGCUCGCAUCCCGUGGCGGCGGCGGUAGCAGCACCCGCUUUGACGCUGCGCGAGGAAUUCACCCUCCUGGGCCGGCAGGUGGAGGACACGGCGCGCGUGCUGGAAGGCAUCCAGAAGAGCAUCGCCUACGACCUGGACGGCGAGGAAAGCUACGGCAACUACCUGCGCAGGGAAUCCGCGCAGAUCGGGGACGCCUACGCCAGCUCGGAGAAGUCGCUGGGGGAGCUGGAAAACAAGUUCCGGCAGGGCCAGGAGCACGAGAGCCACGAGGAGAGCCGCCUCAACGACGACUUCCUGGGAAUGCUGGUGCAUGCGCGGGCCCUCCUCAAGGAGACGCUGACCGUCUCGGCCGGCCUGCGGGACAAGUACGAGCUGCUGGCGCUCACCAUCCGGAGCCACGGCGCCCGCCUCAGCCGCCUCAAGACAGAGUAUCUCAAGGGCUGAGCGGGAACGGGCGCCUCAAAUGGCUUCGAGCGACUUCCCUCUCCCAGUGGCCGGCCACGCCGGCGGGACUCUUGCCGGCCACGCUUCCCCACGGACUUUCCUCCAUCGCAUGCCACCGACCGACCCUUGCUACAGUACCUCAGUGCAGAUUGUUUGCAAUUUUCCCCCGAGCACCUUGAAAGAGCAAAAUAAAUUCCAGGAAAACUGCCUUUAGGUGGCGCGACAGACGAAAAAUCGACAGUUAAUGGUUUCCCAUUGGGGAGGGGAAAAAACUGAUGGGGGCGCUAUUUUUGCUAGGUACCCAAAAAAUUCCAGAUGUCAUCCGCCUAUUUUUAAGUUCGUUUCUUAGGUUUCUGACAGAUGGAAAUUUGAGUUAUUGGGGAGGGGGGUGUCUAUGUCAGUAAAAAAAAAAAGCGUUUGUGGGAUUCCAACUGGCAAAACGUUGAAAGACGCACACAAGCUUGCUUUAUUGCAUUCAUCCGCUUUCUUUAGCAUAAGGUAUCUGAAAUAGGGUGAACAAAUAAAGUGGCCAUUGGCACAAUAUAUGUACUAACCCAUUGGGAUGGCUUCUUCUCCUGUAGUGAAUUUGCAAGUUUUGACUCAAUUACUUGGAAGUAAGCUCUACUGAGUAAAAAAAAAAAAAGUCUGGAUUUGGAGUCAAUAUAAGAGUUGCUGUGAUUAAAAGCUUUGAAGAUAAUUCCUUUUAAUUCCUUUUUAGUGAGUUCAAAGAAGUAUAUACAAUGGUAUAGUCAAACAUCUCAGUUCUGGAGGAUUAGAAGUAUCUGCUAUGUUGCAAUAGUUUUAUAAUCUAUUGGUCAGAAUUCAGCAUUGUUAUAUACACUUAAGCCCUACUGAUUUAUUGUUUUAUGGAAUGUGUUGUAUAACCUUGAGGGGAAAUGUUAUAGACAUGACAUGUUAAGUUACAAGUUUGGAACUUUGUUCUCUAGUUCUUUCAGAUGAAAUCUUUUGAACUUCCAUGGUGAUCCAGUAUUACUAAAAAUCAAUAAUUGAUAGAACAUCUGGUGCCAAGGUUUCCAUAGAUUUUAUUUUGCUUGUUUUUUUUUUUAAAAAUAAACCUAUAAGGUUGCACUACUUGUCUCAUUCCACACUGACAAUUGAAGAACUCAGUUAAAGUAAUGUAUUAAUCCUUUUACAGAUUGAUAAUAACUACCCUGGAAAUUUGUAAUGUUAUCAAUGGCUUGUGGAAAAUUCUGGAAUGAUAGUUAUUUCAUUUUAAUUCAUCAGGAAAAGAAAAAAAUAAUGCUUUAUGUUGGAUGUUAAAGUAAUUUCCCCCAUCAUUUUAUUCAGUGUUUUAUGAAAUUCAAAAGGCCAUUCGAACAAGAAUAUGAUAGCUAUAAACAUGCACUCAACACCAGGUAACAGUUAUUUUCUCUCUCAGUUUUAUUUUUAUUUUCCCUGAAUCAUGAUCACACAAAGAAAUAUCUUUAUCAUUAUUUUUUUUAGAUGUCAUUCAUAGAAUGGAAAGUACAGUUCUCUAGUACUACAGUAAAAGUUGUAAAUCACAUGCAUUUUGUUCACAAUCUGUGCAGAGUACAUAACUGGCUGUGUUCUGAACUUUACAAAAAUAGGCAUCAGAAGAUAAUAUUCUGGUAUCAGAAGACUAAUUGCCUCAGCUAUAGUUUGAUGUAAUGUGUAUUCUAAAAUAAGCAAGUUUUUUUUAGGGGCAAAUCAACCCCUAUGGUUUCCCAGGAAAACUCAGCCAAAUUGGAAGCAAUAACUCACUGUGCCUCUUCGUGUUCUGCACAAAUGGCUUUAAAUUCCUUAAAGAGAUUUUGCAGAGCUAAAGCUACUGUUGAAUGUUGCUUGGCUCCUUCUAAGAUAACAAUUUCCUUCCCAAAGAAUUCUUUUGGAUUGCCAACAAUUAGGCAGAUAUUGGAACAAUUUAUCAAUCCAAGAAUGCCUACAUUGUAAUGUUCCAUAACUGAUGUCCAUUGAAUUCUAUAGAAAUUUUUUUAUGCUAAGUUGAUAAUAUAGGCAUAGCCUUUAGAAACAACCAAAAAGAUUGAAUUGAUUUUUGCUAUUGGUACUCCACUGACAGGUUAUAUGGUUUUGUGCUUCUGGAAGGCUGCAACAAACCAAGUAAUUCUUUCAAAAGAAUGGUGGCAACCCAAAGCAAGGUGAUAAAAAUGGGUUUGAGGCUUUUUUUUUUUUUUUGCAUGGAAAACUCAUAUUUAAGUCAAACUAAGAUUAAUUUAAAUUUGUCCCACUUUUCAGAAGAAAAUAGAGGCUUCUAAAAUCAUGAAAAGAAGAGGGAGUAGAGAGGCAGCCAGCGACGUUUCAGAGAAACUGAACAGCAGCUUUGCACCAUAACUUAAGACCAAAUGACAGUAGCCAGUUUUCAUUACUGUAAAAUAUCCUUUCCUCUUUUGGCCCAUAUAUAUUAUCACCAAUACUGCUUCAACCAAGCACUGACCCCACUGAUUGUGAUAGGAUGUCGCCACAUGUUAAAAUAAAUGAUACUCUGCAAUUGUAAGAUAUAUGACACAUUUCUUAGUCAGAUAGGAUAUUUAGAAAUAGGUAUUAGAACCUCAGGAUACAGUUGUGACCAAAAGAUACUCAGCAAAAUUAAAAGAUACUAAUUUUCCUGCCAUUAUCCUCAAAGCAGCAAGAAUAGAUUUGCAUGGUGCUGAAUUCUUAAUUUUUUUCAUUAAAAAGUGAAAUGAUAUUGUGAUAUGUAGCAUAAGACCACAAAGGGUUUGAUUUUUCCCCUUUUGAGGACUAUAAAUGUUUACAAGAGCAAUAUUUCCAAAAGCAACCAACAACAGGAUUACAAUGGCUUCUACACAAUGUUUUCUUUAAACAUACAUUAUUUAAUAAUGUUAUUCCAUCAGUGAAAACCUAAUCAGCUUUAUAAAUCCAUGAAAUCAGGCUCAUCAUCAUUGCAUAUCCCAUCUAUAUUGCUGUAUGUGAAAAUGCUGUCAUUUCUGACAGUUCAUGUCUUCACUUUUCCUUAAAAUGUAUGCAUCAUUUUUGCAACAAAGCAUAAUCCAUAAUAAAAAAUGUCAGUUAUCAGCUUCAUUCCCUUCAAAUAAUAUAAGGGCACAUUUUUUAAAAUAGUACAAUUCAACAAAAAAUCCCCAUCAUGAAACCCCAUUGACCUUAAAACUAAUCACCCCUUGAAUCUUUGUUUGGCAUUAGCGAGGCUUUAGUUUUGAUGGAAUUAAGUUUAGAAUUAUUUACUUCACCUAGAUUUUUUUUAACUAUCACAGCAAGGCAGGAUAUUUUAUUAUUGAGAUAACUUACUAAAGAUUGCCAUCUAGUGCUUUAGAAAGUCUGAUAUAUGCUUACUUUGGAAGAAUCCACCAAUAGAAUCAGCUUCUCAAAAUGUGAUUUAUUAGCUGUGUGUUAUAGUUUUUAACCCAAAAGUGCUGUUUCAAAAGACAAAUGGACUUUGUUUUUCCUUGAAACUGCCUUUUGCAAAAGCACCUUUGGGACCUCCAUGAUCUGAAUGACUGAGAAUAUCCACAGACAUUUAUGAUUUUUAAGUUUAUAACUUUAAUACAAGAAAUAUAUAUGAAGCUAAAAACUAAAGCAUUCUAAAUGUUAACAUCCCUUUUUUAUAGUCCACAGUUUAUCUCCAAUGGCAGAUGAUGUACUUUUUUUUACUGUCUCUAAAACAAAUGCUUGAAUAUUAAGAAUGAGCCAAAAAAAAAUUGGAUUCAUAUCUUGGAAUUCUUUCCCUCUCUUAGCCAAACUGUUUUCAUUCUUAUUUUCUUUCAUUUGAUUUUAUUACUCUCCCAGUUACAAUCUUUGAACAGAAUUGUAGCUCCAGUUGCUUCAGCCAACAUGCUGAAAUGGGCAUGGGUUGUAGUCUAUACCCAGGCUUAGGUUUUUUGAAUAUAUAAUGAUAAAUGUAUGGUUUGUAAGUACUCUGGGUUGGUCUGUCAAACAUUUAAAGCAAUGUUUCCUUUUUGAAAAUAAAAAUUGUAAAUAAUACCUUUAUUACAUUAUAAAUCUUUAUUUUAGAGGUCUCAAUAGAGCCAGACUCCUAUAAUUUUAAUAAUAUAAAUAACUUACAUGUUAGUUGGUUGCCUAUUACCAUUCUAUAUUAAACUGAAAGGAUUCCCGUCCCCUUUUGUAUCAUUAUUCUCUCCCUUUCUUUGCAUUAUCACUUUUUUUAUUAUUCACAGUAUGAAUCCAUAUUUAUGAGAAGCAGCUGCUUUUCCCCCUCAAGGUUCUAAACAUUCUGAUUUCUAAACAUACUGUAUUUCCUUGAAAGACUAGUUGCUACUAUGUAAAUGUGUUUGGCUCCUAAAGCUAGUUGUAGUUCUUUUAACAUACAUCAUCAAUAAUUUUGUCCUUUCCAUGCUUUUUGCUAGCUUUCUUGAAAUCAUCUUCCUGGACAACAGCAAAACUGCAUGGAGAGGUUUUAAAAACCAUUGUUCUAAAUUGAAUAUUAAUUCAAUUAAUACAAUUCAAUAACUAAUGUUAGCUAUCAACAUGGGGAAAAGGCAAUUUUUCAUUUAUUCAGUUUUAAUAUAUUUAAGAAAUACUUUAAAACAUGUUCCUGCAAUUCAGAGAGAUGUUAAUAUUUAUUUAUCAUAGGCUUUGGACAGAUUUUUCUUUUAGAAUACCAAGGAUUUUUUUGUAGAUUUUAUGCAGUUUGUUAAAACUUGGUUUAUUAAGUCCAGUUUACAAUGUACAAGGAUAAAAGUGAUACAAAACAGAUUAAGGCAGCUACAGAUUUAACUGCUUUGUAAAAGAGGAACUUUCAGUUCAAUUCCCUUUUCAACUUACUAAAGGAGUACUGUAGUGAGUGAUUUCUUGCAGGAUUCUUAAACUAAAUGUGUCUCUAAAGAUACUACAAGAACUCAAAUCUUCCCUAAAUUCUCAUUCUCUCUGGAAAUUCAUUCUUCCAAUGAAUAUUGUGCUUAAGCAUUGGACUACAUGAAAAAGAUCCUCUUAUAUUAUCUAUAAAUCCUUGGAAUAUUAGAACAGUAAGCAUACUGUCUGGUCUGCAGAAAUUCAGAGGACAAUUAGCAGUUAAGGUUGACAUUUUCUGCUGCCAUCUAGUGGUUGUCCAGAUGUUUGUAAUCUAAGAUGUUUGUAGUCUUAAUACAGUGUUGUGUAAUUUUAAUGACCUACAGUUCCAUCUGCUUGGAAAAAUCAAAGGCAAUCAAAAAACAAAUCAACAGGAGAUCAGAUAUUAUUGCCACUAACUCAAACCUAAAACAACCGUCUCCAAAUUUCAUAGAUAUCAUUCAGUCUGGUUUGGCAAUUCCUCUUGGCUUGGAAUGGCAAUGACAGAAUUUUUUUGUGUAGCCACUUCAUAGAUGGAAUUCAGUCUCUUCCAGGGAUUAUAUAAAUGAUACCUUUUCUUUGAAUUUUCAAUAAUACCGGACAUGGGCUUUGAUUGGAGCAAUAUUGGAACUUUUUUUGGAAUCAUAUUGUUAUGCUUUUAUUGAAUAACUUGACUAAAUUUGCUCUUAAGUAUGUACAUGGAGAGGUUAGCAGAAAAAAAAUCUAAAUGUUUUCCAAAGAGGUGGAGCUCCAAUCAGAACUUAAUGAAAAAAAGAGAUUGAAUACUGAGUCUUGUCCCGAAGGUUGACCCAAUUAGCAUACAUGAAAUUGAUUGUGGAAGCAAAA